AUGGAAAAAAUUGAGGGAAUUCCAGAGAUCUCCGCGCUUACUUUGAAAAAUCUAGGCGACAAGUCCUAUGACCGUAGAAAGUGUUCUGCAGAAGAAAUUACUGCUGUUUUCGCCAAGUACUAUAAUGAGGGAAAUGAAGACAAAACGAAGAAAAUAUUGGGAGUGAUGCAGACAGACUUCCUACGAUCGCCAAAUGUGAACUACCGAAAUGGAGCUCUUGUCACAAUUUCCUCCAUUGCGUUUUUUUUGGAUACGAACGCGGUAAAAUAUUUCCCUAUUAUUCUAAAUCCUGUUUUGAAGUGUUUGGAAGACAGUGAUAGCAAAGUCCGCUAUUACUCAAGUGAGGCCCUCUAUAACAUUGCAAAAGCGGCAAGAACAGGGGUGAUUUCCUACUUCGAUCGUUUCUUCUAUGCCCUGUGUUAUCUCUUUUCCGAUGUUGAUACAGACGUCAAAAAGAUAUCCUUCGCUGUACUUCUUCCCUAG